AUGGCAAGGGAUUUGUCAGAACAGCUCCCCGUACUCAUGGAUAAUGAAGCAUUUUUUCAUGAAGUUGUAGAGCGGCAAGCUGCCCUUAGAGGGUUAAGCGAAGCAAUUGUUUUCGAUCAAUCUCCGAAGGUUUGGGCACGGUCGAAACUGACAUUUGCUUUAGAGUUUGCUCGCAUUACAGAAGAUGAUUUGGAGCAUGCCCAGUCUGGAAUUGUGAUUCAUAUGGAUGAAGCGAAAGAUCGUGUGCGUGCCUUAGUGAGUAUUCGUCCCUCUAUGGGGCUUUAUUUGAUGGUCGGACGUUUGGUUGAUCCACAAGUUUUAGAACGCAUUGCGCAAACAGAAGCUGCUGUUGGCGCUUAUCACGAUUUAGGGGAACAGCUUGGCGAUUUAGAAAUUCGCUUUCUGUUGAUCUUCGUCAUUGUUGCAUUGCUUCUUUUGUUUGUGGCUGUUUGGUUUGGGCUUGUUUAUGCAAACCAACUGGUCAGGCCUGUAGGACGUCUUAUUGAAGCGACACAAAAAGUGCGUAAGGGGGAUCUGACAACACAAGUACAAGCAAGUAGUCAGGACGAUUUUGGAGUUUUGGGCGAAGCCUUUAACCAGAUGACCGCACAGUUGCGCCACCACCGUAAUGACCUUAUCCAUGCAAACCAACGCUUGGAUCAACGGCGACAGUUUAUUGAAGCUGUUUUGUCUGGCGUCUCUGCAGGGGUCAUUGGUUUAGAUAAACAUGGAAAGAUUAAUGUAGCGAAUCGUUUUGCAUCAGAUCUUUUAGGGGUCAAUCUUUCUGAAGUGAUGGGACAUCGUUUAAGUACAGUUGUGCCAGAGAUGGCUGACUUGUUGGUGAAGGUUAUUCCUUGCGAAGAUAUAAAUGCGGAGAAUAAACCUGUUGAACAGUUUUCUUUGCAGGCUGUCCAGUCUGAAGUUGUAAUAAAGCGCCGAGGUCAUCAACCAAUUACGUUACUUGUUCGGAUUACUCGAGAAAAAUCGGGAGGGGAUUUUGUGAUGACUUUUAACGACGUGACAGCUUUAUUGCGUGCCCAGAGGCAGGCAGCUUGGGCAGAUGUUGCACGGCGUGUUGCUCAUGAAAUUAAAAACCCUUUAACGCCGAUUCAACUGGCCUCAGAGCGCUUGCGCCGUCGUUAUCUUCCUCAGGUAGAAAAUGACCCAGAAACUUUUGAGCGGUGUAUUGACACGAUUACACGUCAAGUACAGCAUUUAGGGGAGAUGGUCGGGGAAUUUUCAGCUUUUGCACAGAUGCCGAGUCCAAAAAUGAGCACAGUAUCUUUAACUCGACUUUGCCAACAAAUUGUUGCUUUACGGUCUCAGGCUCUUCCAGGAGUUCGAUUUGAUUUAAAGAUACCGGAUUCUUUGCAG